AUAAACAACACCCUCUCCUCACUGGUUUUGACUUGGAGAAACCACGUCGACGAUUGAUCCCAACUCACUCGCUUCGUUCCUCCCCAAAUGGCCUCUGUCAAUAGCAUCAUACCCCAAACUUUCCUCUCUCUCUCCAAACCUAUCAAGGAUUCCAAGCCCAAACCCUCAAUUUCCCACGUUAAGGGUGUCUCUGGGUCUUUUUUGCAAUGUUUCAGACCGACCCAGAACCAAAUUUUCUCGAGAAACAACCAGAGGACCAACUGGGUAGUCGUCGGGUCAGUCGCGAAAGAGCUGGAUGUGAUACCGGUACAGAGCAGGGACAUGACGGACCAUCAAGACGGCGUGGUGAGCGGGACUGAUAGAGAGAUUGAAGCAGGAGAGGUUGUGAAUCAGGUGGUUGGUGGGUUCGGGAAUGAAGGAAGGUUGUCGUUCGAAGGGGCUGGUGAUUUUCAAGGGUUUUCAUCGUCGAGUGCUUCUUCUUCUGGUGGGUCUGAUGGGGAGAGUGAGGAAGAAGAUAUAGAGAGAUUGAUUGAUAGAUCCAUUAAUGCUUCUAUUGUUCUCGCUGCGGGCACUUUCGCGAUCACCAAGUUGCUCACCAUCGACCAGGACUACUGGCAUGGCUGGACAAUUUUUGAGAUACUGAGAUAUGCACCUCAACACAAUUGGAGCGCAUAUGAGGAAGCUCUUAAAACAAACCCAGUUUUAGCGAAAAUGAUGAUCAGUGGAGUUGUUUACUCUGUAGGGGAUUGGAUAGCACAGUGCUAUGAAGGAAAACCUAUUUUUGAGUUUGACCGCGCACGCAUGUUCAGAUCGGGCCUCGUUGGCUUUACACUUCAUGGAUCGCUUUCUCAUUAUUAUUACCAGUUCUGUGAGGAACUUUUUCCUUCUCAAGAUUGGUGGGUGGUUCCUGCUAAAGUGAUCUUUGAUCAAACUGUAUGGGCCGCAGUCUGGAACAGCAUUUACUAUACAUUUGUAGGAUUUUUACGGUUUGAAUCCCCUGUCAGUAUUUUUAGCGAAUUGAAGGCAACAUUCUGGCCGAUGUUGACGGCGGGGUGGAAACUUUGGCCAUUUGCGCACCUUAUUACCUAUGGUGUGAUCCCGUUAGAACAAAGGCUUCUUUGGGUUGACUGCAUAGAGCUUAUUUGGGUGACAAUACUCUCAACUUAUUCAAAUGAGAAAUCAGAAGCAAGAAUCUCCGAGGCACCAGCAGAAGAAAACUCCAAUCUUCUAAAGGAGUAAAUUAAUUGAGAACCAGAGAGGGAAAGGAGACAAAGCUUUCCAUCUUUCUCACUUUGUAGCAUUGCAAGAUGGAAGUCUUUGUCAUGAUGGACCACAGCUUGAGAAAUUUGUGGCAAUGGCGGUAAUGAUGCUGGAAAGGCUGGUUAUAGUUUUGCUCACAUCCGUGAUACUUGCCUGUGUGUGUUUUGUAAAUUCACCUUCUUUUUCUAUCUUUAUGUAUGCAAAAUCUUCUAUAUUUUUUGAGGUAUACUCUAACCAACUGCUUUUUACUAAAUUAUACAUGGUGCUAAAAAAAAAUUCUGUGAAAAUUUCCUUUUUAGCAUCUAUACAGAUACAACUAUUUUCUUUUUUAUUUUUGAACUCCUGGAAUUGUAUAAUUCAUUUUGUUGCAACAAAUUUCGAACUUGCAAUUGUGGGAAGAAUUGAUAGAUGUUUAUUAAUGCACAAACGGUUUCUCUUCGCAA